AUGGAGAAAUACUUAGAUGGUAUUUGAAAAUAUUUAUAAUUGAAGCUAUGAGAUAUAAGAUUUUUAUGAUAACUUUAGAUAAUGAAAGACUUACAAUAGAUUAAGCAGCUAAAUUGGCAUGGUUAAUAUAAUUUGAAUUCAUAAAAGGAAGGCAAAUGGUAUCCAACUUGGAAGGGAGAAAAAUUAGAUGCUGGAGGGGAUUAUUUAUAAAAUGGAUUAAAGAAUGGUGAAUGGAAAAAGUUAAGCUAAAAUCUCUGGGAGUAAUUUGAUAUUUUAUGUUUUAGCAAAGCUUAAGUAUUUGAAAAAGGGAAGUAUGAAAAUAAUAAAAAAUGUGGUAUUUGGUAUAUUAUCCAAAAUAAUUAAUUACUGUAUUAUAAUUUAACAAUCAUUAAGAGGUGAGGGCUCUUAUUCAUAAAAUGGCUUAAAAAAUGAGUGAUGGUUUGAUUUACAUGAAAAUUAUCAUGAUUAUUUAAUAUUAUCUAUUGAAUAGAGGGAAUCAAUUCAUUCUUAAUGGAGAGUAAUUGGAAGGAUAAAAGAUUAACCAGUGGAAUAUACUAUAAAAGGGGAGAUAAAUGUAAGAAGAUUUCUUUAUUUUUUAAGUGAUGGAGGAUAUCAUAAUAAAAUAGGAAAAAAAGGAAGGUAAUUGGAUAGAAUUGCAUAAUAAUUUUAAUGAGUAUAAAUAUAUUCAAAAUGUAGAAAUAAUCAAAUAAUUGAGUCAGGAAAAUAAGAAAAUGGAAACAGAAUUGAAUAAUGGGAUUUUAAAUUUGAAGGAAAAAAAAAUGUACAAUAUUGAUAUUAAUAUUAAAGUGGUGGUGGAUGAUACUCUCUCGAAGGAAAUAAGAAUGGAAUAUGGAAAGAAUUACAUAACUAUUAUUCUAAUUAUUCAAUACAUAAUUAAUGGCUCCAGUUUCAACAGCAUAAGAUGAAUAUUAUAGUCUUUAUACUCAAUAAAAUAUGAAAGAUUAGCUAAAUACAGAAUACUUCUAUGAAAUUUAAACAAAUCAAAUUAGUAAAUCUUGA